AUGGCUUCAUCAUCGAAUGUAAACGGCAAUCUAAUGGAUGAAUUCGAAGAAGCUUUUCAAAAUUGUCUGCUGUCGCUGACAAAGUUGGAGGCCAAUACUGGUACCAACAAGGAAGAAGUUGAACUGGAAGUGCAGAAAACCACAAAUCGUUUCAUUGAUGUUGCCCGGCAAAUGGAAGCGUUCUUUUUGCAAAAACGAUUCCUAGUGUCCACCCUGAAACCCGAUCAAUUGAUUAAGGAUGAAAAUCAAUAUCUACGCAUUGAAAUACAACGAAAGGAGGCGUUAUUGAAUAAACACUACAGCCGCUUGGAAGAAUGGAAAAGUUGUUUAUCCGAUAUACAACAAAAUCCUGCCAUAUUAAAUCGUCCGGUGGGUCCGGGUGCUGGUGGUUUAGAGUCUGGUGCUGGUUUGGCUGGACCAUCAGGAGCUUCGACAGCAGCAGCGGCGGCGGCUGCAGCAGCUGCUGCAAUGGGUAUGGGUGGUCCACAGCAACAACAACAGCAGCAGCAACGUAUGAUGCCCAAUAUGCCGGGCGGUGGUGGUGGCGCAAUGGCCGGACAAAUGCCUCAAAUGUCUCAGGGUGGUGCCCAACAACAUUUACAAAAUCAGAAAAUGUUACAGGCCCAACAAAUGCAACAGUUUCGUAUGAUGGGGAAAUUACCGAAAUAG